GAAAAAAAAAAUGUCACAAAUCUCCAUCUCUUCUCUCGUCCCUCUUCGUAUUAAUUUACCCUAAAUUCUUUCUCGUCGUUCAACGAAAAUCCGAUUUCGUACCCAAUUCCCGGGUCAAAUCCAUCUCAAACUUUGUGCUUUUUCUCGUUUAUGAUUAGUUCGAUUCCCUAAAUCUGAUUAGGGUUUUAAUCAAUUUUGCAAUCGGGUCUCGUGGGUUUGGUUUUUGGAGCUCGUUGAUGGCGAAUUGACUUCUUCUGGAAUCUGGGUUUAUUGAUCUCUGAAAGGGUUUUUGGAUUUUGAAUGCUGAAUUGGGAAAACAGAUCCAGGGGCUAAUUGAGGAAAAUUAAAAAAAGGAGGGUUCUUUUUGAUAUUUUGAUUCUGGGGAUUUUUGAGAUCGGAGAAGAUGGAUCUUGUGAUCGGUGGUAAAUUUAAGCUUGGUAGGAAAAUUGGUAGUGGAUCAUUUGGAGAGCUUUAUCUAGGUGUAAAUGUCCAAACAGGAGAAGAAGUUGCUGUCAAGCUGGAAAAUGUGAAGACCAAGCACCCUCAACUUCAUUAUGAGUCAAAGUUGUAUAUGUUCCUUCAAGGAGGAUCUGGUAUUCCGAAAAUCAAGUGGUUUGGAGUUGAAGGUGACUACAGCGUGAUGGUUAUUGACCUUUUAGGUCCUAGUCUUGAAGACUUGUUCAACUACUGCAACAGGAAGUUCACCUUGAAAACUGUUCUCAUGCUUGCAGACCAAUUGCUUAACAGGGUUGAAUAUAUGCACAUUAAAAGUUUCCUUCACCGUGAUAUAAAACCUGACAACUUUUUAAUGGGACUUGGACGCAAAGCAAAUCAGGUGUAUAUCAUUGAUUUCGGACUUGGAAAGAAAUACAGAGACCUUCAGACUCUUAAGCACAUCCCUUACAGAGAAAACAAAAAUCUCACUGGGACAGCUCGGUAUGCAAGUGUUAACACUCACCUUGGAGUCGAGCAAAGUCGAAGGGAUGAUUUGGAAUCACUUGGUUAUGUACUUAUGUAUUUUCUCAAAGGAAGCUUACCCUGGCAGGGAUUAAAAGCUGGGACAAAGAAGCAGAAGUAUGACAGAAUCAGCGAGAAGAAAGUAUCAACUCCAAUAGAGGUGUUGUGUAAAAACCACCCAUCUGAGUUUGUUUCAUACUUCCAAUACUGCCGAUCUUUACGCUUUGAUGACAAACCUGAUUACUCUUACCUUAAGAGACUUUUCCGUGACUUGUUCAUCAGAGAAGGUUAUCAGUUCGAUUUUGUAUUUGACUGGACAGUCCUAAAGUAUCCUCAAAUCGGAACCAGCUCUGGUUCUAGUUCACGAACAAGGCAUCAUACAACAGCGAGACCAGGAUUCAACGCAGAUCCCAUUGGAAGACAAGAUAGGAUCGUGGAACCUCGUUAUAAAACUCCGGGGGCAGUAGAGGCAUUCUCCCGAAGACACACAACUACAACUUCUUCGCCAGGUGAUCGUUCCAGAUCAAGAAACUCUGAUGAUGGACCUUUGGCUAAACACACACAGCAUGAAUACUCGGAAAGACCAAACAGUUCGUCAAGAUACAGAACAUCUUCUUCUAGGAAAGCCGUUGCUGCCUCAAGCUCCCGGCCAAGUUCUGCAGUUGGACCAAGCGAAAGCCGAGUUUCAAGUCGUCUAGUUUCAUCAAGCGGAGGUGGUGGCAGUGGCAGCGGUAAUGGCCGUCCCUCGACUAGCCAGAGAAUCCAAGCUGGAUACGAAUCCAAGACUUUAUCUUUCUCUCGUGCAACGGCUUCAAAAAAAAACACUCGGGAAGAUCCAUUAAGAAGCUUCGAGCUCCUCUCUCUCCGGAAAUAAAGCAAAAUGAUGGAGAGAGAGAGACAGCAAACUCGAUGAAAACCACCCGCAUAAGUGACACCUCUGAGAAAGAUGAGAAACUCGGUUUCGAGGGAAAUUAAUAUACAUAUAUAUAUAUAUAUUCGAGCUGAUGAAAUCCUCAGAUCUUUGCAGGUAAAUAUCAGCUUUAGCUUGCAGAGAUUUAUGUUAUUCACACAACCACUUCUCGUUUGUUUUAUGUAAUCGUGAUGUGUUUAGAAGACCAAAUACACCAAUCAAAAUGUAGAGAGUUUCCCAUGUAAAGAUCCUAUCCGUAUAUUCUCAAUUACAUCGGACCUAUCUAUCAUCUGUAACUUGGUAAUAAUAAACAACAAAACAAUCAACUUGGUUGACUUUUUUGGUCAA